UGAGGCGCAGAUGAGACAGAAAACAUCUCUAAUGAGUUUAAGAUCAUUCACUGCAGCGCUGCAAACUAGGGAGCAAUUUCAAGCAUGAAGACACUGCUUUUGCUGAUAAACAUUCUUGCUGUAACUGUUGCUUCCCCGAUCAGAAGAAAUGAAAUUCCAGUCAGAAGCAGCAAUGUGGACAACGUUAACCAUAUUAAUACCAAUAAGAGAGUAUUAAAGAUCAUAUCUGUUCAUAAGAAGGGGAACCACCAGGCUGGAAAUGAUGGUCUUCAGGACAGGGAGAUACUCCAUAAACUCACCACAGCAAAUGCUGAAGAAGUGUCCAUAGCUGGUCCUCUCAAUCCCCAAGGAGCAUACCAGCAUGAACCUGACAGGCAGUUUUCCCAUGAGGACCCUGGCCUCAUACAGAUCAAAUGCAGCCAUCAGUGUCAUACAAAGGAAAGGGGGGCUGCAGAUGUUGAAUCCCUGGUGGAGAACGAUGUUAACCAUCAUCAUCUGGAACUUGCUAAGAAGAGCAUGGGCAGAGACCAAAAAGGCACCACUCUUUUGAGAGAGAGAAAUGCCAUUCAUGGUCUGGUGUCAACAACAGAGGACUUCAUCAAGCAGGACUCUGAGGGAUUUCAUGCCACCAAUAAGAUUAAGGCAAAGAGAGAUGUUGAUGCCCUGUACUAUGAUCCUCACCAUCAUUUUGAUAGCUACUCUUUCAAUGAUGAAGGAAUGCAAGGAGAUGAUCCAGGUAAUUCUGAUCAUUCUGAUUCUAGUCAGAAAGCAGAGGGCCAGAGCAAAUCCAGAGAGCCAGAUAGUUCAAAUGAAUCAAAUAGAGAACAAUCAAAAUAUUCAGGCACCUCAAAGGACUCUGGCAGCCCUAGUGACUCUAGUGAAUCCAGCAGUUCCAGUGAAUCUACAGAGUCCAGUGAGUCCAGCAGUUCCAGUGAGUCUACAGAGUCCAGUAGCUCUAGUGAGUCCAGCAGUUCCAGUGAAUCUACACAGUCCAGUAGCUCCAGUGAGUCCAGCAGUUCCAGUGAGUCUACAGAGUCCAGUAGCUCCAGUGAGUCCAGCAGUUCCAGUGAGUCUACAGAGUCCAGCAGCUCCAGUGAAUCCAGCAGUUCCAGUGAGUCUACAGAGUCCAGUAGCUCCAGUGAGUCCAGCAGUUCCAGUGAAUCUACACAGUCCAGUAGCUCCAGUGAAUCCAGCAGUUCCAGUGAAUCUACACAGUCCAGUAGCUCUAGUGAAUCCAGCAGUUCCAGUGAGUCUACACAGUCCAGUAGCUCCAGUGAGUCCAGCAGUUCCAGUGAAUCUACACAGUCCAGCAGCUCUAGUGAAUCCAGCAGUUCCAGUGAGUCCAACAGUUCCAGUAGCUCCAGUGAGUCCAACAGUUCCAGUGAAUCUACACAGUCCAGCAGCUCUAGUGAAUCCAGCAGUUCCAGUGAGUCCAACAGUUCCAGUAGCUCCAGUGAGUCCAACAGUUCCAGUAGCUCCAGUGAGUCCAACAGUUCCAGUAGCUCCAGUGAAUCCAGCAGUUCCAGUGAGUCUACAGAGUCCAGUAGCUCCAGUGAGUCUAGCAGUUCCAGUGAAUCUACACAGUCCAGUAGCUCCAGUGAAUCCAGCAGUUCCAGUGAAUCUAGUGAUUCCAGUGCAUCUACUGAGACCAGCAAUUCCAGUGAGUCCAGCAGCUCCAGUGAUUCAAGUGAUACUAAUGAUUCUAGCAAUCCUGAUGGCUCCAGCAGUUCUGCUGAUUCUAACAAUUCUACUAAAUCCAGAAAUUCUAGUGAUUCCAGUGGCUCCAGUGAUUCGGACAGUUCUGAAUAAAUCAACACAAACUGUACUGAUGACACCAAAAAAGACAAUACAGUGGAAUUUUAAGGGAAACUAUGGAGGUAAAGUAGACAAUGACUGCAGAAUGACAACUUUGCACUAGUACAGGAGUUAAAAAGUACAUCUCCAUCUGUGUUUGGUGGCCGCAUCAGAUAAAUGUGAUGAUUCUGCUUAAAUCUUAAUUCCAACCAUUCCCAGUUUUGUUGGCUCAAAACAGGCAAGAUGCUGGAGGAACUGUGAAAUUACCUUCUUCGCAUCUUUUAAUGGGCAAUAGAUUACAGUAGAGUCGUAGUUCAAAGGAGAAGCAGUGGUUGAAACAUUUACCAUGUAUUUCCCAACUUGGAGCCGUAAGAAACACUGUGAUAUCCCAGAGUUACAUCACUUUUAGCCUCAGCAAUUCUGGUUUCUCUUUGGACUUGCCUGUAGCAGAAGAGCUGGAAAUCACUAACAAGAAUGUCCAGCAUUCUUAUAAGACAACAUUCAUCAGAAUUAAUUUGAUAAUCCAAACAAUUCUGUUCGAAAAACCAACAGUAACUGGUGUCAAAAGGGCAUAUGUAGUAUAGGUGGAGC